CUUCCUGCUCUGCGCUACAUGAUGGCGAUGUCCAUGACAGGUCUGGCACAUUGACUUCGUCCGGAGGGUUUUUUUUUUGUUUGUACGGUAGCCACUUUGAAAACUUCUCCGGGAGACGUGUGUUGGCAAAUGAACCAUUAACCUGAAAUCCUCGUCAGUGGAUAUUAAAUGAAGUAAACAGCGGGUGAACAGCUUUAUUUUCUCCCUCAGCUCGACAUUGCUAAUCAUGGCGCUGCACAGACUGUCCUUCAGACUACGGCAGACGGUAACACAUGUUAGGUCCCUUCAUACCAGUGGAUGUGGGCAGCAGCAGGAGGCUUUGGCUGUAGAGUCAGAACCAGAGCCCUUCUCAGUUUUUAGAACACAAGAGAACGAUCCGGCAUGUCAGUCCGGGAAUCAGAUUGGACAGUAUUACACUCUGCCAUCUGCACACAUCCGCACUCUGUUCCCUCAUGGCCUCCCUCGGCGCUAUCAACAACAGGUGAAGACGUUUAAUGAAGCCUGUGUGAUGGUGAGGCAGCCUGCUCUUGAGGUCAUUGAUUACCUGAAGAAAACAGACAUCAGCAAACCCCCUGUGCGAUAUGUUUUCUAUGGGUUAAAGGGCAGUGGGAAGACAAUGUCUCUCUGUCACACCGUCCACUUCUGCUACACACAGGGAUGGCUGGUCCUUCAUGUUCCGAAUGCUCAUGUCUGGGUGAAGAACUGUAAAGAGCUGCUGCCCUCGUCUUUUAACUCGUCUCGCUUUGAUCAGCCGUUACAAGCCACCGAAUGGUUACGCAACUUCAGAACCACCAAUGAGCCCUUCCUAUCAAAGAUUAAGACCAAACAGCGCUAUGUGUGGACGAAGAGAGAGUUCACUGAGGAGGGAAGCUUGCUAGCAGAGCUGGUGGAUCAGGGCAUAUCUCGUGUGAAGAGCAGCAGUGAUGUUGUGGGGGCGGUGAUGAAGGAGCUGAGGCUGCAGAGUGGGCAGCCGGAGUCAGACUUUCGCCUGGCUGUAGCUGUGGACGGUGUCAAUGCCCUGUGGGGAAGAUCCACCAUCAAAAAGGAGGAUAAGAGUGCUGUGGAUCCUGAAGAGCUCACUUUAGUCUAUAACCUGAGGAAAAUGAUGAAAAACGACUGGACUGGAGGCGCCAUCAUCACAACUCUGGCUCAGACGGGGUCUCUCUACACUUCAAGAUCUGAAUAUUUGCCUCAAGAGCUGCUGGGAGAGACGGGGUUUGACAACAUGGACCCGUUCAUCCCGGUGUCAGUGCCCAACUACAGCGAGAAAGAGUUUGAAAGCUGUUACCUCUAUUACAUGGACCGCCACUGGCUACAGCAUCCACAGAGCCACACAGAGGAAGGAAAGAAAGAAAUCAUCUUUUUGAGCAACAGAAACCCGUCAAUGAUGGACAGAGUUUGUGCCUCCCUCUGAAGUUCUAAAGAGAUAUAAACCACAACCAUGAAUAUCAGUGUCUCAGAAAUAAACACAAGUGUCCACGUCUAUAAUAUAUGUGUGCUUCUGUAAAUUAUGAUGCAUGUGUGUAACUUUGAUAAUAAAAUAAUACAGUUUAAAACAA